UAGGUGUUACCACCAGUCUCGACAGACAUUUGCACUAUGUGAAUAAGACGCGCCUCCUAUCACGAGGCUUCUUUCACAAUAUGGACGGUGAUGUCAUUUCGAACCGCGAUGAGCCCAUCCCUGUCCUUCGCAUACCCACCAACGAAGACGAAUCGUCUGCCUCUGUCUCCGAUAGCGAGCCCACACUAGGACGGCGAGAUAGGAUCAAAGACCGUGCAAGUAGAGUUUGCGACAAAUUCGACGAGUACAGCAGUCCCGAAGUACGACAAAGCCUGCAGGAUAGACUCUUCGCCAGUGUUCUUUCACAGAUCAUACCCACUGACGCUCCAGAUGGCGAUGACAAGCAGACGCAAGGCUCUAAGAAGGACAGACGGUCGAAGAAGUAUGUAGACAAGCCAGAGUUUGCCAUACGACUUAUGUCGUCAAAUUUCAGACGAUUCAAUGCACGAAUUGGUGUGGUAUUUGUGAUGGAAAACAGGCUGAUUCACCUGUUAUCAUGGCGACGACCUACGGCUACGCUCUCCUUCCUCGCCGUAUACUCGCUCAUGUGCCUCAAGCCGCAUCUGCUACCUCUGGUUCCGCUCACGAUCUUACUAUUCGGUAUCAUGAUCCCAUCCUUCCUCGCGCGACACCCUACACCCGCGAACGAUCCACGAAUCGAACCCAGCUACCGUGGACCACCAACAGCGCCUGCAAGUCGUGUCAAGCCUGCCCCGGACCUGAGCACUGAUUUCUGGAGGAAUAUGAGGGACCUGCAGAAUAGCAUGGAGGACUUCUCUCGGCUUCACGAUGCAGCGAACAAGUACAUUACACCCUAUACGAAUUUUAGCGAUGAGGCAGUAAGCUCGACGCUCUUCCUCGCCCUCUCCGCUCUGGGCAUCGCUGCCUUCGUCGGGAGCGCGCUUGUGCCAUGGCGCGUCAUUGCUUUGAUCGCGGGGUGGAUAGCUACACUGCUCGGUCAUGCUAGUGCUCAGAAAGUGCUGUUGUCUACCAAGAAUGUCAGCAACUUCCGCCAGCACGUGCUGAUGUUGCAGAGCACGCUGCGCAAUUGGAUAGAGAAUGACAUCCUCAUGGACGAACCACCGGAGCUACGACAGGUAGAGAUCUUUGAGCUUCAAAAGCAUCAUGCUGGCAGCGACACUUGGGAGCCUUGGCUUUUCUGUGCAUCACCAUAUGAUCCACUCAGCCCAGCACGCAUUGCUGGCUCACGACCAAAAGGCACGCAGUUUUUCGAGGACGUGCAGACGCCGGCUGGCUGGGCUUGGAAAGAGAAAAAGUGGAACCUCGACCUGCUCAGUCGUGAAUGGGUUGAAGAACGCAUGAUCAGUGGUGUUGAGAUUGAGACUGAGGGUGAACGAUGGGUGUACGAUCUGCCUGAUGAAGAAGUGGAGCCGCUUAUGACGAGCGCAAGUCCUGGCAAGGGCAAGGUCAAAAGAGUGAAGAGCGCUCCCAAGAGCGGGUGGGAAGAAGGCCGCGGGCACAGCCAACGAGGUGGAUGGCGGAGACGCAGAUGGACCAGACUUGUCGAGAAGAAGGCUGUUGGCAGCACGGGUGACAAGCCGAAAUAGUGAGGAUUGGUCAAAGUCCAUCAACAUUGAUCGUCGGACACUGAUGGAGCACUAUGCCGCAUACGAGCUACGCCCCGUGGCCUGUAUACAGUAAUAACAAGCACGCCUAUGCAGCUCGAGUCCGGCAGCAUCGUCCAAGUCCAACAUCGGCUGUCCAAGAUACAAUAACGUGGCAUGGUCGUGGUGUGUCUGCAGAUACACGACGCUAGUGAGGCUACUCAGGUAAUGAGUUCAUCAAGCAAGCAGCUUAUCGCCCUCGCGUGACUGCUUCGACACCCGCUACACAGUCGGCCCGUCGUAACAUCGGACACGGUCUCUCCUUAUGUAUCACCAAGCGAGUGCCAAGCCCUGCUUCUAGAAGCUUUGCCCAAGCUUGGUGCCAGCGCCGGCAGCGGCCCCUCGGCAUCCCCAGACGGCGACGCUCUCAGUCUCAGCCUCCCAUCAGUACGCCCCGAUUUAGCGAGAUGGCGGAAGGGGGUGAUCCCUGAGAACGGGAUCUAACUGGUCAAAGCUAGCGUACUGUCUAAAGGAAUUAUCCGCAUCUCGCUU